ACUCAAGGGAAAGAGAGGAAAGAGAAAAAAAAGAAGGAAAGAUGAUGGAUAAUUUUCACGGCGAAGAAGCAUCCCAGACACAGCCAAAUUCAGAAAAUGGAUAGGAAAGUGAGAUGGGAAAAAGGGUUUUAAGUGCUGGGGUGCUUUUGUUUUUUCUUUCUUUUCGGUCUUUUGGAUUUCACUCAUUGAUUAGCAUUUAUUAAUGAAUGAAUAGUAUAUAUACUCUUGCUGGUUUCAUUUUUUUAUUCAAGUGCUGCAUGUUGGGUUCUUUGGCUGUUGUUGUCUUGGUUUUUGUUAAUGAACCUCAUCGUUUCCCAACAUCAAAAUCGCUUAGCUUUUGGGGUGUUUUUGUUGUUGGAGUUCAUAGUCAUAAUGUCGCAGAAGAGGCCCCAGGAAGAUGGAAAGGUUCGACCAUCAGAAGGGAAUAGUCCUGAUCAAGAUAAACGUAGAAGGGUUCCUGCCUUGAGAAAUGUGGUUCAUGAGGUGAUGAAGAUGCAAUCAAUUCAGCAUUGGCUUGAGCCAGUUUUGGAGCCGUUGAUUCGUAGGGUGGUCAGAGAGGAAGUUGAGAUGGCUCUUCGAAAGCAUUUGAACAAUAUGAAAAGGAAUGGUGGGAAAGAGGUAAACUCUACCGAAUCAAGAAGUUUACAACUCCAAUUCUUAAACAAUCUCUCCCUUCCUGUGUUCACUGGAGCUCGAAUCGAGGCAGAAGAAUGUUCUGCCAUAAAGGUGGCUAUAGUUGAUGCCCUUACUGGACAAAUAGUUACCUCUGGCCCUGAGUCUUCUGCCAAAGUAGAAGUUGUAGUCCUUGAGGGAGAUUUUGAUGGUGAUGAGGGGGACAAUUGGACACUUGAAGAGUUUAAGAAUAACAUUGUAAGAGAGAGAGAAGGAAAGAAACCUCUUCUUACUGGAGAUGCAUUUCUAACUCUCACAGAGGGCAUCGGCUUAGUGAGUGAGAUUUCAUUUACAGAUAAUUCAAGCUGGACAAGAAGCCGUCGUUUUAGACUUGGAGCGAGAGUUGUGGAUGGCUCUGAUGGAACUAGAGUAAGAGAAGCAAAGACAGAAUCCUUCGUUGUCAGGGAUCAUCGUGGUGAAUUGUACAAGAAGCAUCAUCCUCCAUCUCUGUCUGAUGAAGUAUGGAGAUUAGAGAAAAUUGGAAAAGAUGGGGCUUUCCAUAAGCGCUUGAGUCGAGAAAAUAUUAACACUGUAAAGGAUUUCUUGACCAUGCUCUUUGUAGACCCUCCAAGGCUCCGACAUAUCCUUGGCACCGGUAUGUCUGCUAAGAUGUGGGAAGUCACUGUGGAGCAUGCUCGGACAUGCGUGCUUGAUAAGAGGAUGUACUUGUACUGCCCUCCUGGUUCUCAACAGAAAUCUGGUGUGGCCUUCAACAUUGUGGGACAAGUGACAGGACUACUUUCAGAAUGCCAGUAUGUUACAAUUGAUAAGCUGUCAGAAACUGAGAAGAUUGAAGCUCAAAACUUGGUAAUUUCUGCAUUUGAGCACUGGGAAGAAGUUAUCUCUUUUGAUGAUGAAGCCUCUCUCAUUGGUGAAUCUUCAAAUUUAGCUAAUAUUCCUUACACAAGCUCAGCCAAGACACAGAUUUCUAAUGGUAGCAAGUUUUUAUCUUCUCAAAAGAUGGGUGGAUUUGAUUAUGCUCAACCAAGUGCUUCGUCACCAGAUAUCAUUUCAACCAUCUAUUCAGUUGGGGGUAUGAGUGGCUUGGACGACUAUGCUCUGCAUGGUAUCGAAAACAUGGGUCUUAGAUAUGACCAAACUUUGAGUUAUCCAGGCCAAGUCACUAAUUCCCUGAUCUGUGACACAGAUAUUACUCAGACUUUCUGUGAUGAGGAUCAUCUUCGAUUUUUUGAUAGUGAUCUUCAGACCCCGGGCCUUGGUUUGGAAUCUCAAGCUGAUCUACAAACUGCCGUUGAUGGAUUCCUUUUGCAACGUACUGUUGCUGUUCAAGCACAGAGGAGAUGGACAAAGGUUUUCAGUGUGCUGAAAUGGUUCUCUAUAAAAAGAAGAGUUAAGGAAAAAUUUCGAGGUGUGAGAUAUAGCAAUGGACUGUAAUAUUUUUUUUUUUACAGGUACAGUUGCAAAGAGUAGUGCUAGCCUAGUACUGCCCUGUUAAAUUUUGUAUGCAGUUGUAGAUUUCAACAAUUUGGAAGUAUCCCUAGGUGUAGAUACAGCUGCUAGUUUAUAAAUCCUUGUUCUUGUUGGAUAUCAGAAAAUGUACCCCUUUGUAUCAUAUUAACUGUAAAUGUAUAGCUGCACUUCACAGAGUUAGGCA